AUGAAACUGCUCGACUUUCAUUAUUCAAUUAAUAAUAAUCGAUUUGAAGUUUACUCACAUUUUGGCUUACUUAGCAAUAAACAAAGGAAAUUCAAAUAUUUGUACAAAGCAGGCGGGAACAUGACUCGUUUGGGCUUUGUUUCAAGUCAAGUAACCAGAAUAUGUCAAGUCAAAGGAAUGUUCCAAAUUGAGUAA